AUGUGCACCUCUGAGACGCAAGUGUCAAUCUCUCCGAAUGCGUCGAGGAAGCUGACUGGCCCUCGAUCACAGGAGACGUCUUUCUCGCACCAACUUUCUCCUUCACCCUUUCCCUCCCGCCCAUUUACAGACUUGUUUGGCCCAAUUUUCUGUUCUGCUCACACUCACUUUCCGGGGCUAGGCUUGAAGGAUGAAUGCUUUUUGCACUGUCGCCUGCUUUGUCUCUAUCGCAGCAACGAGAGAUGCGACGAAGCAUCUUCUGGUUUGCCGAUUGCAAAAUCACACCCCAUCGGCGGUACCAAAUGUGGGCCCGGACAAUGUCUCUCCAGUAGUCGACCUGGCAGUUUUGCCGGUGAACAAUAG